GCCAGGAUUUGUAAUUUUAACACGGUAUCCGAGAACUUGUUUUAGCUUGGCACCUGAGGAAUAAUUUGAAUCCAAUCAAAAUGUCAUCGCUGAGUUCCCUGUGAUGCGUGUCUUUCAGCAGGUGUCAGGUAAAUUCUCUAUAUCCACUUUAAACAUAGGCUACUUAUAAUACCCAGGUUAAUAGGUGUGAUUGAGAAUGAAUGUGUAAUGAGGAAGAAAAUGCUAUUUCACUGUAAUUCUAAGCGAUGCAUAUAAUAUGUUUAACAGGCUACAUAAAUUGGACUAUUUUCAAAUUAAAAUAAAUGAUGGGAAAUGCUCUAAGCUAUAUGUGUGGUUAAUAUAGUUUGUGACACAUGGAUACGUUUCUUAUACACGUAUGGAUAUUAAAUAAUCGUAGGCCUAUACUAAUCACUGUCUCUAGCCCAGGGGUAGCCCUUGAUCAUUACUCUCAGUUCCAUUAAAUAAGAGUCAUUGGACGAAGGCGUCUUCUGUAGGGGUGAGUGUUGUUAAGAGCUGCAAUGCUUGGUCUGAACAUUGACACAACUCCCUUGUGGUACGGUUUUGGAAGCAUAAGGACAUUAUCUUUCAUAUCAGCAAGAAAUCAUUGUCAAAAUACAAGGUUAAAUUGAUACACACCUUUAUGGCCAUAUUUCUAUGUUACAGCGCUUGUUUAUGGAAGACCAAGUGGAUUACCUGCGCUAAUUAGCUAUCUACGUCUCCAAACACGUGUGAACGGAAGACGAUGCCACAAACGUGUUGUCACUGAAAAAUACUGUAGGCUGCAACUGUGUUAAAACCGCUUCAAACAGUGUAGUGUGUAUUUUGCAUUUGUGAAAUUAUUUUGAUGUGAUAUGAAAGUAGAGGGAUUAUGUUUCUAGAACCAUACUGCAAUUGAGAAUGGAUUCUCGUUUAGAUGGAGAAUUUGGCUGUUUUGGUUUCCAGAGGCAAUUUGCCCUUUAAACAGAACAUGUAAAGUAUUUUAGUCCAACAUUGGGCCAGGCCAGGGGUGUCAAACUCAUUUUGCCCAGGGGCCCACAUUUGGUCUUCAACAAGGUCUGGAGGGCCACACUGAAAAUUGGUUAUAUUUCCUUGCUGUCUAAAUUUGCUAAAAAUAAAGUCCUCUAUCCAUUGUUUUUGGAAUUCUCGAUGCUACCUGAAUGUCUAGAUUUAAUUUAGGUGAUUAUUAGCGAGCUGGACACAGUCAAGAAACUGUAUGAAUGUAUGUUUGAGAUACAUGUUAGACGUGAGGUUUUUAAAGUUUUUAUUUUUUAUUUAUGCUUUGGCCACAUUCGAGUAGCCUAUAGGAUGAGUCAACAACAUUAUUUGGGUAUGUGUUAACAGAAUAUAAACUUUUUAAAAGUGAGAUUUUCACUGGACAGUUAGUUUACAUCCAGGUUUUAGAUGCUACCCCCAACCUCAAAUCAAAACCAAACAUGGAUUCCAUGUUGUGUUCUCACUUUGCGUGCACACCCGUCUGUGGUUCACACCUGUUUGUCUAGCUAAUCAGCGUCACAAUAUGGGCUAGCAGGUACAGUCAUUGGACCGUGACUUAUCGCACAAGUUGUUGCUAUGGAAUGCCCUUAGACCUGAAAUAAAUUAUUAAUAAAGGUGUCUAAAUUUGGGCUAUGGCAAGUUUAUCAAUCAUACAACCUACUUGAAGUUACAUAAGAAAGUGGUGUAUGAUAUUAAAUAAUUUAUUUUUACCAAUUUUCAUUGUUUCAUAUAUUCACAAAAAAAUAUUUAUUUUGAUAAAUAAAAAACAUUUAUGACUUUCUCAACAGAUUGGAGAUUUAGUUCAUUGUUGUGGCUCCCGCUGAGAAGAAUCACACAGGCACUGAUACACUGAAGUGAUCAGGUUUUUGCAGAUCAGAAUCCUGCUUGGCAGAUGGAGGUGAUUCGUCGCUCCUCUGUGUUUGCAGCCGGGGUGAUGGAGGCCUUUGACCAUUCCCCGUCCGACAAAGAACUGGUGUCCCAGUCCAAGGCACUGUGUAGGGACUACAUACACUCUAGGCUCAACCUCUAUGGACUGGGCUCGUCCAAAACUCAGGUGGACUCAACGCUUUGUGAGGUGUCUGCUGUGCUUCUCUGUCUUGGUAAGAACCUGCUGCAAACUGUUACAUGUGAAACUUAAUGUAACAAAAAAUCCUGCUUGAAUGCAUGUGAACCACUUGUCUUCAAAUCUAGCAUUUACAGUAUAGGUCAGUACUUUGGAGCAGUGUUUCCCUUGAGAAUCCCUAUGGUCCCUGAAUAGAUUGUACACGCUGUACUGGUUUUGUCCUCCACAUGCAUGACCUUGAUAGGUAUCAAAAGUGUCUGACAGUCCGAGUUGAGGGCAAUCAAGCUACUGCAUUGUUCAGUUUGGUAGGCUAACUAAGGCAGGUGAGAUGCCACUACAUGCCCCUCAGGCCUACAUGCAAGAUUUGAAGAGUAAUGUAAAUAUUGAGGUAAUGUGGUCAUCUACAUUUACCAAAGGGUGGUGCAGGACAUGUCUGGACACUGGUGGGUUAUUGGCUUUGGCUGAUUUGUUCAGCUUGGGUUGGGUGAUGGCCAAGAAUGCAUUUGUUUACUUUGAUUAUCACAACAAAUCUCUAAAAGCUUGGACACAGAGUCAAAAAGUUUGGGAACAACUGACCUAUGGCAUAGUUUCUCUGACCUGUCUGGUUUUCCUAAUGCUCCUGUGCUUCAAUGAUUGUUUCAAUUAAGUCACUAUGUCAUUAUGUUAUUAAUUGGGUAGAUAGACUUGUUGUGCUUUCUCAGUGCUAUCCUGUUUCUAAUUGUUCAGCCUUGUGGUCUCUCCUGGUUUUCCUAGGUGAUGAGCUGGAGUGCAUGCGGCCGAGUGUCUACCGGAACGUGGCGAGACAGCUCAACAUCUCAGUGGCCAUGGAGACCACAGUGUCUGAUGCCUUUGUUGCCGUGGCAACAGAGAUAUUUUCUGCAGGUGAACAGCUGCAAGGGAAGGGGGACCAGAUGUGGGGAUUUAGGAGGUUGAUGUUGUAUAAGCCCUUUAAGAAUCAGCACACAUAACAGGAAUUUUCAUACAUUUGACAUGCAUGAUUAACUCCAAAGUCCCAAGGGUUGGGAACAUAUCUUAAAUUGAGGUUCAACCCUAUGUGUUUGUGCUUAGAGGGGGUAAAGCAAUCCUACAUGAGCUUUGAGGAAUGUGUGUUUUGGGACAGGGCUACAAGAUGUCUGAUCAUUUGAAACUAUUGCUACUUGUAACACUUUGAUAAACAUUGGUUUUGUGAUAUAUUUUUCACACAGUAGCAUCAUUUACCAUAAGUAUGAGAUUUUGUACUCCCUAAAGGCAGAACAGGGUUAUCAUCUGACAGUCCAGGUCAAAAUCCUGAACAUGUACCAAAAAACACACAUACCCACGUCCCCUCUUUGUUCGUCUACGUUGAUGUAACUUUGAAACACACGAGAACAUUGAGCGUCUGGAACAACUAUUCUAUUCCGUCACUGGUACAUACAGUCUCUGCUGUGUAAAUGCAUCCCACUGUACAUCUUUGUCUGUUUACUUGACAUAGACAAGUUGAAACUUUGACAAAAACAUCACUAGUACACACAGUUUCUGCUUUGGGACUUGCCACUCUGGCAUGAUUUAAAGAGAGAAAAAGUAAUUCAAUGUCACACAUGAAUUACUGCUACAAUACAGUAUGGGACCCCUGGGCUGCAUGAAUAAUAAGUCUCUCAAACUCUGUAAAGAUAAAAAUAGCCUCAUUUUCAAACAUUUUUCGAGCUAGCAUUCUGGCUGAUCUGUGACUGUUUUGACGUCACCAGGGGCAUUUUUGGAACACCGUGGGAUUACUCCAGAGAGACAAACAAACCACUGACCCAGGCAAUGUUGGCCUUUUGGGAUGUGGGGUUCAACAGCUGUAUAUUUAUCUGACUGAAAAGAUAAGCGAGAUUCUUUACGUGUGAUGAUUGCAAUAGAGAAUAUUGAAAAAUGAUUUUAUGUCAAUCAAAUGCUGCACUAAGAAAAAUCACAACUUUGAUCAUGAAUUGUGCUUCAAAAACUCUUGAAACUAAGGGUUCCAACUUCCAGCUAUACACCACUAUAUGACAUUGGUUUCUACAUUUGAUUACAUUUGAUGAGGAAGCACCAUGCCUAGACUUUUCGCUUAAAGAGAAAAUUCACCGCUAGACACUAUUUGGGGUGUUUUCCCUGUCCCCCUACAUAAUUCUGAUUGAUGAGAGGUGUUUAAGACAUAAUUAUGCACAACAGUGGUAUUUUUUAAAAUUAGUGCCUGGAGAGUUGAACCAAUGAUGUCAUUGUUUGAUUGAGCCUGCUGUCUGAUCUAAAAAUGAAUGGAGUCAUGUUUUGUAGCAAUUAUUGUGGCCUUUGUGUUUCGCCGAUUGCACACACUAGUAUGAGUAGAUAUGGUUGUCCUUGUUCAAUAGAGCCAUUGGACUUAACAACGUUCCUAUCUGCCAGGACAUUGCAGGAUAUCUAGGGUGACUCAUUUUCCCUGGCUGUGUAAAGACUACAGCCUGACAGGAGCCAUACUUCCUUGUCCAAUUGUGUUCCCACCCUCGAAGGCAUCCUGAAAUCGCUAUGAAUUCUGGAUAUUGUGGUUUGCUUACAACCAGGAAAUGUAGAUAGCCUGUUUUUCUACCGUUCUCGAUUUGUAUGACCCAUAUUAUAUAUUAAUGGACAGAUACAGUUAAAGACUCCCGAGUGGCGCAGUGGUCUAAGGCACUGCAUUUCAGUGCUAGAGGCGUCACUACAGACCCUGGUUCGAUUCCAGGCUGUAUCACAAUCCGGCCGUGAUUGGGAGUCCCAUAGGGUGGCGUAUAAUUGGCCCAGCGUCGUCCGGGUUUGGCCGGGGUAGGCCGUCAUUGUAAAUAAGAAUUUGUUCUUAACUGACUUGCCUAGUUAAAUAAAGGUAAAAUGAAAAAAAAAAAGAGCAGCUGUGAAAUUUCCCUUUAACCUUUCCUCUUUUCCACUUCCUGCCAAGUGCACCAACCAAGCUUGCUGACAGUCUUCUCUCUAUUCUGGGAUGUGUCGUCUCACGUCAGGGACAGAUCUCUGUAGGGAGUUAAGACAUUGUGAGGACAGUCCUGUCCCAGAGGGAGUUACCUUAUUUAAACCUUCCCUGGGGUCUCUAAAUCCCUAAAGCCAAGCCACAGGUCAGUCAGUUCAGGCGAACAAAACAGCUUAAAGGAGGCUAAUGUCAUUAGCCUUCCUGUUGCAUCACAGCCAUAACAAGGCUGACACCCAAACGGGUUUACUAGGAAUCUAAUGACCGCCUCUUUGAUGUGAAGCUCUGAUGCGAUCGCAACCAUCACUUGCUCUUUCUCUCUAUUGGCUUUACUGUACAGUUGACUUCUGAAGUAUGCAGUGUCUUGGGACUGCAUAUGUGCACUACUCUGGAGCGUGUGGAUAUAGGUAUCUGCCAAAUUAAAGGAAACACCAACAUAAAGUGUCUUAAAGUAACUGCCCAGUGCAAGUCUCACUUUUAAAAGUUAAUAUUCUGUUAACUCAUACCAAAUAAUGUUGUUGACUCAUUCUAUACUCAUAUUUAUGCUUUGGCUACAAAUUGGAGAAAAAACGACUUAAAAAAUCCACCUCAAACUUGUAUCUCAAACAGAUCGUUUCAAAAAUGCGUGCUAUUUCCUCAUAGAACAUGAUGUCAUCUCCAUGAGGAGGAUGAGUUGGCCAAUCAGCGGUCUACUUGCGUGAUUAUUUUUAACGACCGAUAUACGCCCACACCAUUCUGUUGUUGGGGUACGCACACAUCAUUCCAACACAGAAAAGCUGCUUUUUAAAUACUUAAUUACCAUUUUUGGGAUGGAAAACUAUUUUACUCGCAUUUCUGAGAACUGGAAACACUGGGCCGCCAGAACAGCUUUAAUGCGCCUUGGCAUAGAUUCAAUCAGUGUCUGGAACUCUAUUUGAGGAAUGCAACACCAUUCUUCCACGAGGAAUUCCAUCAUUUGGUGAUUUUGUUGAUGGUGGUGGAAAACCCUGUCCCAGGCACCGCUCCAGAAUCUCCCACAAGUGUUCAUUUGGGUUGCGAUCUGGUGUGACACACACACUUUAUUUAAACCCCCAAUGCUCCUUUUGAGACCCCUAUUUCACAUUCACUGAGAGAACGUAUUCUAGCCAUGGUAGCCAAAAUAAUGGGCAACUGGGCAUUUUUGUACAUUACCUUAAGCAUGAUGGGAUGUUAAUUGCUUAAUUAAUUCAGGAACAACACUUGUGUGGAAGCACCUGCUUUCAAUAUACUUUGUAUCCCUCUUUUACUCUAGUGUUUCCUUUAUUUCGGCAGUUACCUUUCGGCAGUAUGCAGAUGUGACCGACCAGCUUGAUUUCAGUUUUAUGUAACAACAUUUGAAAUCGUGUUUUUUUUACAUUGCAUAAAAGUAGAGACUCAGAGCUAGAAAAUUGGAUAUUAUACACUAGAGACGAACAAUAGGAGAGUAAUUCUGCUUUGAAAGUUGACAAACUUGUAACCCCACUUUUGAGAAAAUGGCCCUUGAAUGUUUUGGUACACCUACUGGAGAGCUCUUCUUUGUCUGCACCCAUUUAGUAUCUUUCACACCCUCUUAAGCCUUAGCCCCCAUCUCUUUAAGGAUUUACAUGUGAGGCCAUGUGCUAAACAGAUUGAGUACGGUAGUGUACUAAACAACCAAAGAUUUCAAGACUAAAGGCUGGUUUAUACUACGUCUAUCGACAUGUCUGUAGACAUUUGUCGCAGUGACAUCAUGAACAUUCUAUUGUCGUCCGACAUCAAACUUGUCGUUAUGAAAAAGUAUAAACACAAAAACUACAAGCUGCAUGACAUCAGCAGCCUGGUGGUCCAAAAUAGUAUUUUAACACCAAUAAACCCAUCUGUUUAAAAAUGAAUUUAGUAUUUUGAUUUCAAAACUCAGUCCUCCAGAAAGUGGAAAGCAACACUUUUGCAGUUGUUUGUGAUAUCUUUUAAAAAGACGCGUUAGAAGGGAUUACCUACACAUACUGAGCAGCUCAUGUUAUAGUCAGAAGCGUGCUACAGUGCAUUCGGAAAGUAUUCAGACCCCUUGACUUUUUCCACAUUUUGUUACGUUACAGCCUUAUUCUAAAAUGAAUUAAAUAGUUGUUUUCCCCUCAAUCUACACACAAUACCCCAUAUUGAAAAAGCAAAAACAGGUUUUUAGAAAUUUUUGCAAAUUUAUAAGAAAUAACAAACUGACAUAUAAAAAUAUCACCUUUACAUAAGUAUUCAGAUGCUUACUCAGUACUUUGUUGAAGCACCUUUUGGCAGCGAUUACAGCUUUGAGUCUUUUUGGGUAUGAUGCUACAAGCUUGGCACACCUGUAUUUGGGGGGUUUCACACAUUCUUCUCUGCAGAUCCUCUCAAGCUCUGGCAGGUUGGAUGGGGAGUGUCGCUUCUCAGCUAUUUUCAGGUCUCUCCAGAGAUGUUCGAUCGGGUUCAAGUCCGGGCUCUGACUGGGCCACUCAAGGACAUUCAGAGACUUGUCCUUAAGCCACUCCUAUGUUGUCUUGGCUGUGUGCUUAGGGUCAUUGUCCUGUUGGAAGGUAAACCUUCACCCCAGUCUGAGGUCCUGAGCGCUGUGGAGCAGGUUUUCAUCAAGGAUCUCUCUGUACUUUGCUCCGUUCAUCUUUCCCUCAAUCCUGACUAGUUUCCCAGUCCCUGCCGCUGAAAAACAUCCCCACAGCAUGAUGCUGCUACCACCAUGCUUCACCGUAGGGAUGGUGCCAGGUUUCCUCCAGACGUGACGUUUGGCAUUCAGGCCAAAGAGUUCAAUCUUGGUUUCAUCAGACCAGAGAAUCUUGUUUCUCAUGGUCUCAGUCCUUUAGGUGCUUUUUGGCAAACUCCAAGUGGGCUGUCCUGUGCCUUUUACUGAGGAGUGGCUUCCCUCUGGCCACUCUACCAUAAAGGCCAUAUUGGUGGAGUGCUACAGAUAUGGUUGUCCUUCUGGAAGGUUCUCCCAUCUCCACAGAGGAACUCUGGAACUCUGUCAGAGUGACCAUUGGGUUCUUGGUCACCUCCCUGACCAAGGACCUUCUCCCCGAUCGCUCAGUUUGGCCGGGCGGCCAGCACUAGGAAGAGUCUUAGUGGUUCCAAACUUCUUCCAUUUAUGAAUGAUGGAGGCCACUGUGUUCUUGGGGACCUUCAAUGCUGCAGAAGUGUUUAGGUACCCUACCCCAGAUCUGUGCCUCGCCACAAUUCUGUCUCAGAGCUCUAUAGACAAUUCCUUCAACCUCAUGGCUUGGUUUUUGUUCUGACAUGCACUGUCAACUGUGGGACUUUAUAUAGACAGGUGUGUGCCUUUCCAAAUCAUGUCCAAUCAAUUGAAUUGACCACAGGUGGACUCCAAGUUGAGUAAACAUCUCAAGGAUGGUCAAUGGAAACAGGAUGCACCUGAGCUCAAUUUCAAGUCUCAUAACAAAGGGUCUGAAUACUAAUCUAAAUAAGGUAUUUCUGUUUUUUAUUUGUAAUAAAUGUGCAAAAAUUUUAAAAAACCUGUUUUCACAUUGUCAUUAUGGGGUAUUCUGUGUAGAUUGCUAAGGAUUUUUUAAAUUUAAUCCAUUUUAGAAUAAGGCUUUAACAAAAUGUGGAAAAUGUCAAGGGGUCUGAAUACUUUCCGACUGCACUGUGCAUGGCAGACCAAUCCUCUCUCCUCUCUCGGCAUGUCCAGUCCAACCAUUAUCUCAGCCAAUCAUGGCUAGCGGGAAGAUUCCUGUCUUUUUCCGUGGCUAAACCAACUAGGCUCGUAAUUUAACAAUUUGAUUCGUAUUUACAGAUGGCAUAGGAGUUUGUUAUUAAGGCACAUGAAAGUUCACAUGUUCCAGAAGGCAUUUCUGCCCAAAAGCGCAUUUUAAUAAAAAAAAUAAUGUUUACCUUCAAAUGCCUCUCCUGUGAAGUAGUGACGCACGAUAUAUGCCUAGUUUCCUGAAGUCACAAAUAAUGUUUUUUAAUUGGGACUGGUGAACUACAAUGCACACUUAUUAGGAGUCUACUGUUUUGAUAUUAGCUAUGUACUUUUCAUUAAUGUUGAUGCUGUAGUAUUGCAAUAAAAAGUAUGAAGCAUCAAGAUCCACUACACCACAAUCAGCCAACUAAGCUGUGAUUCUCUCUCUCCUGUCCAUAGGCAUCACAUGGGGGAAGGUGGUAUCUAUGUAUGCUGUGGCCGGGGCUCUGGCGGUGGACAGUGUACGUCAGAACCAGCCUGCUACGGUCCAAACCAUAGUGGACAGUCUGGGUCAGUUUGUCCGCAAGAAUUUGGCCCCUUGGCUGAAGAAACGUGGAGGAUGGGUGAGUGACUGGACUGUUAUUGUUGCUGGACUAUUGUUGCUGACCAAGGGCCAGUUUUUUGUUUUGUAACUACCACAUAGUUGUGGUUUAAGUAAAAGGAAGAUUAUUAAAGCCGCAUUCUGGAUUUUGAUUUGGUUUAUUAGGAUCCCCAUUAGCCGACGCCAAUGGCGACAGCUAGUGUCCUCCCCUCCAUCAGAUAUCUGUAUAUAAUGACGAGAUGCUCAUGUCUCCACCUGAAAAAUGGGAGACGUUGUCCCAAAGGCGGGAAGGCGGGCCCAUAGGGCUAAUUUUGGACCGAGUUUGGAGAGGGUGAAACCUCUCGCUUCACCGCUUCCUUUCUGGUGCCAUAUCGUUUUUUUGAAGGUAAUUGAUUUGAGUAGUUUCCCUAUGCUGCCCUCUAGUGGUUUUCAGGGGAAGCACAUGGGCAACACAUUACCAGCGAUUUUUGCCUUCUUCAAUAAUAUAAUAUGCCAUUUAGCAGACGCUUUUAUCCAAAGCGAUUUACAGUCAUGCGUGCAUACAUUAUUAUUUUUUGUGUAUGGGUGGUCCCGGGGAUCGAACCCACUACCUUGGCGUUACAAGCGCCGUGCUCUACCAGCUGAGCUACAGAGGACCAAUUGUCUUUCCUUGAUUCCUUACAUCCUCCUUCUCAACUCUUAAGAGAAGAUCCAAGGUUCCUUCCCUCCAAUCUUCUCUUCCAAUGUGUUUUGAGAAGGAGGCAAGGAUAGAGGAAGCAAGGAUUUGAGGAAAUGAUGAUAUGUGGGAAAAGUGUGUCCUUAAAGUUUCUAACUGUGGUAUUUCCAAUGUGACCUUUUUGUCUUUUUCCAGACGGACAUUAAGAAAUGUGUGGUGAAGUUAGAUGCCGUUCCUCAGACCCAUUGGCUGUCUCCCGUUGCCGAAUCCUGCAAGCACUUUCUGUCAACACUGUACAUCUACAUUAUGAAGGAGCCAUGAAGGAAUUGGGAGAAGAACUAAGGUUGAACGGACAAGAGCCGGAGGAGAUUGCUGCCGUUUUACGGCCCUCUAACCAAUUGUACUAUUAUGUGUGUUUUUUCGCGUUAUUUGUCAUUUACUCUGUACAUAAUGUUUCUGCCACUGUCUCUUAUGACCAAAAAGAGCUUCUGGAUAUCAGGACAGCGAUUACUCACUUCGUAUUGGACAAAGAUUUUUUUCUUCAACGAGUCGGACGCGAAGGAUAUUCUACAGACACCCGACAAGGCCCAAAUCCCCGUCAUUCGCAUGAGAAAGAGACAGAGAUAUCGUGGAUGUAGGUCGGGGUGCCUUGUAAGGAUCUGACGGCGAGCGAGUAAACUGCCUCUUCCAUCAAUCUAAUUAGCCAACGUUCAAUCAUUUGAAAUUAAAUUGGACGACCUAAGAUCAAGGUUAUCCUACUUUUUCCUCGACUAACCGGUGCCCCCGCACAUUGACUCUGUACCUGCUGUUAUUUUAUUUUACUGCUGCUCUUUACUUAUUUGCUAUUUUAAUUUUUUACUUAUCUAUUUUUUACUUAACACAUUUUUUUAUUUUCUUAAAACUGCAUUGUUGGUUAAGGGCUUGUAAGUAAGCAUUUCACUGUAAGGUCUACACCUGUUGUAUUCGGCGCAUGUGACAAAAAACAUUUGAUUUGAUUUGAAGGCACAGCAGACAUCUGCUAACUUUUUGAUGGAACCCAUUUUCUUAAGAUUGGUGAUGGCUAUCUAAACAGUGACUCUCCUUCAUGCAGUGUACAAGUAUCACAUUUUGUAUAAUCAUCAACAAUUUAAUAAACAAUGACUGCUCUUCUUCCAAAGAGUAAUCUCAGGUACCCAGAAGUAG